GGGAGCCUGGUCCAGGAGACUGUGUCGGACCCGAUGCGCCGGCCCGGGUUGGACUGGGCGGAAGCGGGGAGCACUGUGGGGCCGGCGCCUUUUCCUCUGCCCCGCCCCCUGGGACCACCUCCCCUCCCCCCUGCUGUCCGGUGGCCGCGCUGUGGCCGCCGGUGGCCGUUAGGCUACCUGAGGCCGUUCCUUCUGGUCUCUCUCUCCUGGGCCGCGGAGAGGCCGUCUCCCUGCCGUUACAGCAGGCCCCAUCCCAGCGCCCAGCGGUUCUUGGGAAAAGGCUGGUUGCGAUUCCGGGGCUUUCCCGCCAGAGCAGGGUCUUCUCUAGGGAGAGCUGUUUUCACCGGGAAGCUUGGCUUUCUGUGGUACCGGCUUCAUCUCCCGCCUUCCUUGAGACCCCAGUGAUAUUUCUCGACUACUUCUGCGUCUCACGUAAACAUUUCUCCAACUCUCUUACUCUGUGGUAUCUCCCUGAGAUGUGAUAUCGCUAGUGCCACCACCAGAAAGAAACGUCUGGACCCUCCUGCUCAGGUUAUGAAAAUCCCCUUAACUGCCACAAUUUGCUUACCUGGCUCAUCGCCUCCUGGACUUUGUAUCUUUGCUAAAGUCAGUGAUGUGAAAAGACUUGAAAUGGAUGAUAUUGCUGAUAGGAUGAGGAUGGAUGCUGGAGAAGUGACUUUAGUGAACCACAACUCCUUAUUCAAAACCCACCUCCUGCCACAAACAGGUUUUCCAGAGGACCAGCUUUCGCUUUCUGACCAGCAGAUUUUAUCUUCCAGGCAAGGACAUUUGGACCGAUCUUUUACAUGUUCCACAAGAAGUGCAGCUUAUAAUCCAAGCUAUUAUUCAGAUAAUCCUUCCUCAGACAGUUUUCUUGGCUCAGGCGACUUAAGAACCUUUGGCCAGAGUGCAAAUGGCCAAUGGAGAAAUUCUACUCCAUCAUCAAGCUCAUCUUUACAAAAAUCAAGAAAUAGCCGAAGUCUUUACCUCGAAACCCGAAAGACCUCAAGUGGAUUAUCAAACAUUUUUGCGGGAAAGUCAAACCAUCACUGCCAUGUAUCUGCAUAUGAAAAAUCUUUCCCUAUUAAACCUGUUCCAAGUCCAUCUUGGAGUGGUUCAUGUCGUCGAAGCCUUUUGAGCCCCAAGAAAACUCAGAGGCGACAUGUUAGUACAGCAGAAGAGACAGUUCAAGAAGAAGAAAGAGAGAUUUACAGACAGCUGCUACAGAUGGUCACAGGGAAACAGUUUUCUAUAGCCAAACCCACCACACAUUUUCCUUUACACCUGUCUCGAUGUCUUAGUUCCAGUAAAAAUACUUUGAAAGACUCACUAUUUAAAAAUGGAAACUCUUGUGCAUCUCAGAUCAUUGGCUCUGAUACUUCAUCAUCUGGAUCUGCCAGCAUUUUAACUAACCAGGAACAGCUGUCCCACAGUGUAUAUUCCCUCUCUUCUUAUACCCCAGAUGUUGUUGCAUUUGGAUCCAAAGAUUCUGAUACUCUUCAUCAACCCCAUCAUCACCACUCUGUUCCACAUCAGCCAGAUAACUUAGCAGCUUCAAAUACACAAUCUGAAGGAUCAGACUCUGUGAUUUUACUGAAAGUGAAAGAUUCCCAGACUCCAACUCCCAGUUCUACUUUCUUCCAGGCAGAGCUGUGGAUCAAAGAAUUAACUAGUGUUUAUGAUUCUCGAGCACGAGAAAGAUUGCGCCAGAUUGAAGAACAGAAAGCGUUGGCCUUACAGCUUCAAAACCAGAGAUUGCAGAAGCAGGAACAUUCAGUACAUGAUUCAAUAGAACUGCAUCUUCGUGUACCUCUUGAAAAGGAGAUUCCUGUUACUGUUGCCCAAGAAACACAAAAAAAAGGUCAUAAAUUAACUGAUAGUGAAGAUGAAUUUCCUGAAAUUACAGAGGAAAUGGAGAAAGAAAUAAAGAAUGUAUUUCGUAAUGGGAAUCAGGAUGAAGUUCUCAGUGAAGCAUUUCGCCUGACCAUUACACGCAAAGAUAUUCAAACUCUAAACCAUCUGAAUUGGCUCAAUGAUGAGAUCAUCAAUUUCUACAUGAAUAUGCUGAUGGAGCGAAGUAAAGAGAAGGGCUUGCCAAGUGUGCAUGCAUUUAAUACGUUUUUCUUCACUAAAUUAAAAACGGCUGGUUAUCAGGCAGUGAAACGUUGGACAAAGAAAGUAGAUGUAUUUUCUGUUGACAUUCUUUUGGUGCCCAUUCACCUGGGAGUGCACUGGUGUCUAGCUGUUGUGGACUUUAGAAAGAAGAAUAUUACCUAUUACGACUCUAUGGGUGGGAUAAACAAUGAAGCCUGCAGAAUCCUCUUGCAAUACCUAAAGCAAGAAAGCAUUGACAAGAAAAGGAAAGAGUUUGACACCAAUGGCUGGCAGCUCUUCAGCAAGAAAAGCCAGGAAAUUCCACAGCAGAUGAAUGGAAGUGACUGUGGGAUGUUUGCCUGCAAAUAUGCUGACUGUAUUACCAAAGACAGACCAAUCAACUUCACACAGCAACACAUGCCAUACUUCCGGAAGCGGAUGGUCUGGGAGAUCCUCCACCGAAAACUCUUGUGAAGACUGCCUCAGUUAGCAGACCUUGACCAUGUGGGGGACCAGCUCUUUGUUGUCUACAGCCAGAGACGUUGGAAACAGCUGCUCCCAGCCCUCUGUUCUUGUAACACCCUUGAUCCUGGACCAGGCCCUGGCAAGAUGCAUUCACAAGCACAUCUGCCUUUCCUUUUGUAUCUCAGAUACUAUUUUUGCAAAGAAACUUUGGUGCUGUGAAAGGGGUGAGGGACAUCCCUAAUCUGAAGAGAGAGACUGCUUUUCACUUCUUCAGUUCUGCCAUCUUGUUUUCAAAGGGCUCCAGCCUCACUCAGUCCCUAAUUAUGGGACUGAGAAAAGCUUGGAAAGAAUCUUGGUUUCAUAUAAAUUCUUGUUGUUAGGCCUUACUAAGAAGUAGGAAAGGGCAUGGGCAAAAGGUAGGGAUAAAAACCACCAGCAUAUACAUGGACAUACACACACACACACACACACACAAUUUUCACGAUGUAUAGUCAGGAAUGUGACUGUAAACUGGAUUUUGGGGCACAGGCAUAAGUCCCCUCCUCCAGGACCUUUCCUAUUUAUAUGUCCCUAUACAAAAUCCACCUGCUUUUAUACGUAGCUGUUUUAUCAUCUGUAGCUUCAUCCUAUCCGGAGGCACAGCACAUGAGCCCUGGACAGGUCCCAAAGUUCCAAGCAGUCCUUUCCUUAAAAGCAGGGGUUUGCAUGUGCUACCAACACAUGAUAUGGGGAGACCCACCCAGGGAGCGGUUUCAGUGGCGCAACAAAGCACCACUUUUACUGUUGCCUGCUUCUGACCAAGAAGAAGAAGGACCUUAGUAUUUAGCAUAAAAUUCCAGCGUUGGAUGAAUACAGGUCUAGUUUGGUCUGUGGCUAGUUUAAAUAUGUUUCUAACCACAGAGAAUUUCAUAUGUAUACAUAUAUAUAUACAUAUAUAUGUAUAUAUAUGUAUAAAAUUUCACAGGGAUAUGCUUUUUUUUUCUUUUUUAAAGACUGAAUGUGUUCACCAUUUAGCCUGUAGAUUUAUUUCCAUUUUCCAAAUUCCAGCACACAGAGAUCCCAGCCCCUAUGAGUAGGGUGUUUGUGGACUACCUAAUGGAAUAUUUUGAGGCCUGGAUGAACUUUGCCAUAUGGGUAGAGGUUACAGAGGGGGGAUGAUAUUUUCAGCUAAAAAAGAAACGGGUGGAGUGUGGACUGAUCAACUUGAGAUUUUAAAACUGCUAUUCCUUUUCUUUCUAGCAUCUCUCCCCACCCUCUGAGAGCUCCUCAGGCUUAGAUAGUGAAGUGAUCCAAUGCCAGUGUCAUUUUGUACUUAAGUUCCAAAGUAGGAACAUUUUAUACUUUUUUCUGUAUUGUAAUAGGUAGUUUUGUAUGAAAUCUUUUCUCUCCCCUUGUACCACAUUCUUUCCAGCAUUGUGCUUUUUCCCUGGGCUUAUUUGAAAAUUUUACUGUUUUAUACAAGCUUGUUUAGUACAUUUUUCUAUGUUUUACCACAAGUUACAAUUUGAAAAGAAAACUAUUUUUUUUAAAUAUUCCAUUGUUAACUGAAUGUUACUGUUUCCACUCCAGCAACUACAUGUCCUACCUUCAACUGCCUGCCUUUUGGGGAAAGACCACCUUUUGUGUGCUUGUUUUCUCUCUCUCUCUUUCUUUCCCUUUCUGUUUCUGUCUCUCUUUCUUUUUCUUUCUUUUUCUUUGUUUUUGAGUUUUCUGUAGGAAAUAAAUAGCUUUCUGUAUAUGAGUUGCUGGGGACCUUCACAUUCUCUUUUAGGAAGCUGUGGCAUGCAGGCUCAUUGCAGGACUCCUGGAAUAUUGUCUAGUUCUUGGUAUUUACUGUAUGUAAGCAACAACUUGAAAGGUGGCAGUAUGAUAUAGAUUUGGACUAUAAAUCAAAAGACCUUUUUCAGGUUCUUUCACUAUUGUCUGGGGGACUCAGAACAAGAUUGUUCUCUGUAUUUAUUGUUUGUCCAUUUAGAUAACAUCUGUCUUACCUUCCUCACAGACUUUGUACAGACCAAAGCAACAAAUAUUUAUUGCCAUGUAUAGCAGAAAAUGAAACAUGCAACAAAAGCACUUUGAAAAAUAUAUAAGGAAUUGUUGAGCCUGUCUGAAUUUGGGCCCCCUUUCUGACUAAUGCAGUUUUGCACAAGGUAGAAGUUAGUGACCCUGAGACCAUCUUACCACCCUGGACCUGGUCCAAAUACAGACUUACACAGUGGACCAUUCUUUCCUGAGCUAGCCAACAAGAUCAGGAGUAGUAUCUGGAAACUCCCCUUUGUUUAGGGGUAGGCUUUGAUGACCAGGAAAAAAAUAUAUAUUUCUGCAUUUUAUGGCCCAAAGGCAUGUUAUUAAUAUCUUACGUAAUUUGCUUUAAACUAAGUAAGACUUUUUUCUCCUGUCUUCCCCUUUCUCCUGUGUUCAGUGCUCAUAUUCACCUGCCUUCCCUAAAAAAGGAAUAUUUAAGGGAUGAUAAGCACUAGAUGCCAGCUAUAGAGAUCUCAACAGAAACCAUAGUCCCAAGACUCACUCUGAGACCCUGAACAGAGAAUACCAGAUAGACCUUUCUUAUCCAUUUGAGAAACACAUGGUCUGAGGCACAGAGGCUAGUUACAUCCCAUUUGUCACCUGGGACCCACCAUUGCUCCCAGGAGUCCUAUUUAGGGUUGAAUGUAAGAGUACUUUUCCCUCAUCCAGCCUGGGGAAUUCGUGUCAACUGACUCCUCUAUAUGAGAUGCUUCAUACUUUUAUGUGGAAUUAAUUUCGGUAUUCUUUAGCCACUGUAAUCGUGCUGGCAUCUUCUACCCACUGCCCCCAGCAAUGUUAGCACCAAGAUCCUGAGGUAGAAACACAGAUAACCUAGAAAAGCACUUCCACCAACCCCAUCCCAUAGCCUGUCCAUUACUGCCUGGUUUUACAUGGCCCUUAAACAGCUCUAGUGGGUAAAGGGGAAAGAAUUCCCUUAAGAGCCCCAAUGUUUUUAUUGUUGCAGCUUCUGUUCCUGUGCCAUCCUUCCGGCUUUUAAAUAUGUCUUGCCGGAGUAAGAGAGAGGACUGACACCUGAGGUUUCUUUUUGUUUGGUCCACCUGGAUGGACCAACGUGAGGUGGAAUAUGAUGCUUUCACCCUGGGAGUUCACAUACCUAAGAGAGUCGGAAAAAGAGGUGUUAGGUUAGUAGGCCCUAUUGUUAAACAGGCCAUGUGCUAAACUCCUGGGAAGGGUACCUUAUUUCCCUGCCCAGGAGCAAUGCAUCCACAGCUUGGAAUUCCAAAAAUAUGGGAAGGGACAAGGCUCAUCCCAGCAUCCUUUAUUACAGUCUAGGGCCUUGUUUUACCUGUACUGACUCCUAACAUCUGUCUACUAAAAACACAUUACUAUUCCCAGCUUUGAAGGUGGAGAAGGAAACAUGGGACAGAGGGUUAUGUGGGUCACCUGUUAAAAUAAAGGAUACUUACACAUACUUCCUUUGUGGGAGAGAAAAGAGUGGCUAGGAGGCUUUGAGCUGGAGAGGGACCUUGAGGAAAUGUUAUUGCGGGCUGUCUCUUUGGCCUGUCAGGGAGAUGGUAGGGAUAAUUCCAAUUGUGUGAAUGGUUGGACCAGGUGUCUGGGGGCCUUAUCAAACUCUUAAGAUUCUGGAAUGGUAUUAAGCGCCACAAUGCUGCUGGGAAAAGGAAGUCAAGGCAGAGAUUCAAAGUUAAAUUUUUAAGGCCACUGGCUUAACACUGGCUUGGUUUUAGAGUUAAGGCGACAAGACCUUAGCUGCAGACUUUUCUCCAUUCCAAUCUAAGGAGUAGCCAUCAAUUCCUUACUUCUGGAGAUUGCCUUAUCCUUUACAGAACACAAGUGCUAGGAAAGGAAAAAGUGUGGGAGAGUGGCACAUAAGAAGUCCAGAGUUCAGUCCACUGGAGACCCCUCAUUCCAUUUACUUUGAUUCUUUUCACAAAUACCUACUGAGUAAUCAUAUGCAAAUCCCAUCUCUUUGAUACCUUCCCUGAUCACAUGAUCUUAAAAUCUCUCAUCUGGACAUCUGCAGCCCUUACAAUCAGAAAAUAUAAGUCCACAUUGUAUUUGUAUUGUAAUUCACCUUUUGCAUCAUGAAUGGACUGAGACAUGUAGCCAUCAAGGGCAGGUAAAUGAUUUAGUGCUUUUCUUUCGAACCAGGAGUAAAAGCUGUUUCUUUCUGGCCUGCCAGUGAUGAGGUAGAGGUAAUUAUUCAACGUUUAUUUAGAAAGACAACAUCGUGGGCCAGGCACAGUGGCUCACACCUGUAAUCCCAGCACAUUGGGAGGCUGAGGUGGGAGGAUCACCUGAGCCCAAGAGUUCGAGAUCAACCUGGGCAACACAAAAAAAAUUAAAAAUAUAAUAUAUAUUGUGGAGGGUGGAGGAAGGAGGACUGCUCAUGGCAGCCUGCAACCUCCUUUGUGGUCCCAAAUUGUUCAUCUCUGGCCUCAAACCUAAUGUCUCACUCUGCCCUUAACAAAAACAAUUUCCUCAGCAUUUAGCGUGCUCUUUGGGGUGGGUGGGGGUUCUCAGUCUCUAUCCCAGGGUCCUCGUGGAAGUAUUUUCUCUAACUACACAGCUUUCCGUUAAAUACAGUUUCCUCCAUCUUUUUUAUUUCCGGUGAUAUUGUGCAUCCCUCAUAGAUUGAGACUCUGAGUCUCUUACUUCUAGGAAGCCCCUUAGGCUAGGUAUUUUACAAGCAUGUGUUUAAGCACUGGGCUUAGGCACCCUGAAGGGUAGAGUGAAAAGAUGGUUUGACUAUGGAAAUAAAAGGCACCUUGUCCUCAGGGUUUUAUAGCCUGCUGACCUUGUUCUGAGGAUCUUAGAGUCUGUAUUAGAGUCUGUAGACCUUAUAGUUAACUAAUUUAGGAGGCUAAGCAAACACCAAGCAAUACACCUUAUCAAGAAGGCAGACUCAUAGGCAUGUAGUUCCAUACAAAGCUAGAAAUAGAGGAUGAAGGGGCAAAGGUGGAGAUUAGUCAGGGAUAAUGUUGCCUUUAUCUGACUGUCUAUAUGAUUCUUCCUAAUUUUUAAAAAGUUGACUUAUUUAAAAUAAACUGUGGAUCUUGCUUUCUUGCUUUGACUGGAAA